GUUUGGCUGCAGUAUGUCAGAGGAGAGAGGAAAGGACUCUCAGUUUGAGAUGAGUCUCUCAGAGAAACAGAGUCUAAGAUCAGGCUCUAAGUCCAGCUCUGUGUCUGUGAAGAGUGACUGGUCAAAGGAAGGUGCCAUGCUGAACUUCAGCGAGAAAGAAACAUCUACUGAACGUACUUUAUUAGAUGCAGACGUCCAGACUCAAAAGAACUACAAGAAAUUCAGUCUCCUAGGGAUCUUCCAGGACCUCGAGAGCGAAAUAAUCAGAUUUCUGAAGAAUGAGCUGAAUAAGUUUAAGAAAAUAUUACAAAAAGAAGACAUCCAAAAAUGUGUGAAGGAUUUUAAUGAGAGUAGAUGCAGUAUCAAAGACGCAGCUCUUGAUCUUGCACUUUACUUCCUGAGAGAGAUGAAACAAGAUGAAGCUGCUGAUACUCUAGAAGAUGAGCUAAUCUUCAUUCAUCAUCUUAAAUGUAGCCUAAAGAAAAAGUAUCAAUGUGUGUUUGAAGGAAUUGCAAAGCAAGGUGACUCUACACUUCUGAAUAACAUCUACACAGAUCUCUAUAUCACUCAGGGUUGUAGUGAACAGAUCAAUACUGAACAUGAGGUAAGACAGAUUGAAGUUUUUUCCAGACAUCAUGAAUCACAAGAGAUACAAAUUGAGUGCACAAAGAUGUUUGAAGCUCCUGAACAAGACAAGGAGAUUAGAACUGUACUGACAAAAGGAGUUGCUGGCAUCGGGAAAUCAGUCUCUGUGCAAAAGUUUGUUCUGGAUUGGGCCGAAGGAAAAGAAAAUCAGGAUAUCAGCUUUGUAUUUCCUCUUCCAUUUAGAGAGAUGAACUUAAAGGAGCAAGAACAACUAAGUUUGAUGGACCUAAUAACUCAGUUUUUCCCUGAGACAAAAGGACUGAACCUUACAAGAAGAAAUCAAUUCAAAGUCUUGUUCAUCCUUGAUGGUUUGGAUGAAUGUCGACUCCCUGUAAACUUUAAGGAUAAUGAGACAUGGCGUGAUGUAUCAUCACCAACCUCUCUGGAUAUUCUCCUGACAAACCUCAUCAAGGGAAAUCUGUUUCCUUCUGCUCUCAUCUGGAUCACCACCAGACCAGCAGCUGCCAGUAAGAUUCCUUCUGACUGCAUUGACCGGCUGACAGAGAUACGAGGAUUCAAUGAUGCACAAAAGGAGGAGUAUUUCAAAAAAAGAUUCACAGAUGAGAAUCAGGCCAGAGAAAUCAUUAAUCAUGUUAAAGAAUCAAAGAGUCUCUUUAUCAUGUGCCACAUCCCAGUCUUCUGCUGGAUUUCAGCCACUGUUCUCCAGAAUAUUUUGGAGGAGAAAAGAAAUAAUGUUGUGAAAAACAAUCAGGUUGAUGAUGCCUCUAAAACACUAGAGGAAUCAAAUACUAAAGACACUCCUAAGACUCUGACUCAAAUGUACACACACUUUCUCCGAUUUCAAAUCCAGCAGAGUCGCCAAAAGUAUGGUGGAGAAUACACACCAGAUGUUUCCUGGGAUAAGGAUUUCAUUCUUUCACUGGGAAAACUGGCAUUUCAUCAGCUAGAAAGAAACAACCUGAUCUUCUAUGACACAGAUCUAGAAGACUGUGGUAUUGAUGUCUAUAAGGCAUCAGUGUAUUCAGGCAUGUGUACCCAGAUCUUUAAGGAGGAAACAGGGAUCAUUCUUGGUACCAUGUACUGCUUUGUUCACUUGAGCAUUCAAGAGUUUAUUGCAGCCCUUUAUGCACAUAUGUUUCUAGACAUUAACAAGAAAAUUGUUUUUGUUCAAGAACGAAAAAACAAAAAUGAAGCCAUGAUUGAUUUGCUCAAGACUGCAGUGGACAAGGCACUUGAGAGUGACAAUGGACAUCUGGACCUUUUCCUUCGUUUUCUUAUCGGUCUGUCACUCCAGUGCAAUCGUCGACUCUUACGAGGUCUGUUGACACAGCAAGAUGACAAUGACCAGAGCAAAAAUGAAAUAGUUCAGUACAUUAAGCAGAAAUUUGAAGCUAAUCUGUCUCCAGAGAGAUCCAUCAAUCUGUUCUAUUGUCUGAAUGAACUGAAUGACCAAACUCUGGUGGAAGAGAUUCAGACCCACCUUAAUGAAGGAAGUCUCUCAUCUGUUGAUCUUUCACCUGCACAGUGGUCUGCUUUGGCUUUUGUGUUGUUGACAUCAGAGGAGGAGCUGGAGGAGUUUGAGCUUCAGAAAUUCAAGAAAUCAGACAAGUGUCUCAUUAGACUAUCAGCAGUCAUCAAAACCUCCAAAAGAGCAAUGUUAAAUGACUGUAACUUAACAGACAAAAGCUGUUCAGUUCUGGCUACAGUUCUUGGAUCAGAGACCAAUAUGAAAGAGCUGAACAUGAACAAUAAUAAUCUGCAGGAUUCUGGAGUGAAGCUGCUCUGCACUGGACUGAAGAAUAUAGAGUGUAAAUUAGAGAUUUUGAGGCUCAGUAAGUGUGACCUAUCAAAGGAAAGCUGUUCAUCUCUGGCUUCAGUUCUCACUUCGGACUCCAGCAGUCUGAAGGAUCUUGACCUGAGCAAGAAUAAUUUACAGGAUUCAGGCAUAAAGCUGCUCUCUGAUGGACUGAAAGAGAACUGUAGACUGGAGAAACUCAGACUUUCAGAAUGCAGUAUCACUGAAGAAGGUUAUAAGGCUCUUGCUUCAGCUCUGAGAUCAAACCCUUCACACCUGAUAGAGCUGGAUCUCACAGGAAAUGAUCCUGGACAAUCAGGAGUGAAGGAGCUCAGUUAUUUACUACAGGAUCCAAACUGUCAACUGAGGACACUGAGGUUUUUGGGUCCUGCUGCAGAUGAAGGCUGUAAGUAUGUGGCUGGAAUUGUGGGUAAAAACCCAUUACUCCUGACAGAGCUGAAUCUGAGUGAAUGUGAACUAGGAGACACACGAGUGAAUCAGAUCGCUGCUCUACUGCAGGAUAAACACUGUCAACUCAACAGACUGAAACUUUCAGACUGCAGUAUCAUUGAAGAAGGUUAUAAAGCUCUGGUUUCAGCUCUGAGAUCAAACCCUUCACACCUGAUAGAGCUGGAUCUCACAGGAAAUGAUCCUGGACAAUCAGGAGUGAAGGAGCUCAAUGAUUUACUACAGGAUCCAAACUGUCAGUUGAAGACACUGAGACUUUCAGACUGCAGUAUCACUGAAAAAGGUUAUAAGGCUCUGGCUUCAGCUCUGAGAUCAAACCCUUCACACCUGAUAGAGCUGGAUCUCACAGGAAAUGAUCCUGGACAAUCACGAGUGAAGGAGCUCAAUGAUUUACUACAGGAUCCAAACUGUCAACUGAAGACACUGAGUCUGCGUGGAUGCAGAAUUACAGAGAAACAGUGUCUCAUCCUGACUUCAGCUCUGAAAUCAAACCCAUCACACCUAAGAGAGCUGGACCUUAGUAUGAAUCAGAUGAAACACACAGGAGUGAAUCAAUUAUGUGAUGUACUGAAGGAUUCACACUGUAAAUUGGAGAGAAUGAGAUUAAGAUACUGUGAAAUGACAGGUGAAGGUUGUUCUACUGUGACUUCAGCUCUGAAAUCAAACCCAUCACACCUGAGAGAGCUGGUCCUGAGUGGGAAUAACCUAGGAGACUCUGGAGUGAAAAACCUCAGUGAUCUACUGAUGAACCCACAAUGCAAGCUGGAGAGGCUAGAUCUGUGUGGUUGUAGUGUUACAGAGAAACAGUGUCUCAUCCUGACUUCAGCUCUGAAAUCAAACCCAUCACACCUGAGAGAGCUGGAUUUCAGUGUGAAUCAAAUAAAAAACACAGGAGUGAAUCACUUAUGCGAGGUACUGAAGGAUUCACACUGUAAACUGGAGAGACUGAGUCUAUAUGACUGUGGCAUUACAGAUGUUUCUUCUUUAACUCAGUCUCUGACAAACACAAAAGCACUGCAGUUUCUAAAAGAGCUUAAUCUGAAACAUAAUAUGAUUGGAGACUCAAAGCAGCAGAUCACUGAUGUGCUACGAGACUCAAACUGUAAACUAAAAGUAGAUAGAGAUCAAGCACCAAAAAUCACCAAAAGAUGAUAAAUCCUAAAUCAUGAUGAGAGGAGCAGUAAACAUCAGGUGAAACAGAGGAAGAAGAAGCUCAGAUGAGUCUGUCCGGCUCUUCAGUUUAAGGGCUACAAAUACAAUAAUUGUUUGACCAGGUGCGAGAGAUGGAUACUAUGCACGCAACAGUGGAUGAGACAGUGGAGCGCAAGAGCACAGCGGAAUGCUCCACCAACUGCGCCACUGCUAAGUGUGAGCUGAGGCAGGACUCUGAAGAUUUAAAGGAUUAGUUCACUUCCAGAAUAAUUUACAGAUAAUGUACUCACCCCCUUGUCAUCCAAGAUGUUCAUGUCUUUCUUUCUUUAGUGGUAAAGAAAUUGUUUUUUUGAGGAAAGCAUUCCAGGAUUUUUCCCCAUAAUGUGGACUUCAAUGGUGCCCGUGAGUUUAAACUUCCAAAAUGCAGUUUAAAUGCAGCUUCAAAAGGCUCUACACGAUCCCAGCCGUGGAAUAAGGGUCUUAUCUAA